UGAGUGUCCCGCCCACCGACCAGAGUGAAACCGAGAAAGCCUCAGCCUGUUCAACACGACGUGCCCAAACUUCUUAUCCGGCAAACUAUUUGAAGGCUUCACGAUUUGUGGCCGAAAUGGACGACCGCAAGCUAGACCUGACGGAGGCCCAGGAAAAAAACAAAUCUAAAUACCCGCCAAUCGUCAAGAAAUAUGAAUACUUGGAUCAUACAGCAGAUGUACAAAUCCACUCAUGGGGAGGAUCUCUGGAGGAAGCCUUUGAGCAAUGUGCCAUGGGAAUGUUUGGCUACAUGACAGACACGGAAACAGUUGAACCGAUUGAUACUGUUAAAAUUGAGUCAGAAGGGGAUGACAUGGAAUCUCUGCUCUUCCAUUUCCUUGAUGAUUGGCUGUACAAGUUCAGUGCAGAAAUAUUCUUUAUUCCUCGGGAAGUUAAAGUUUUGCACAUAGACAGAAUGAACUUUAAGAUUCGUUCCCUCGGGUGGGGGGAAGAAUUCUCACUGGCAAAGCAUCCACAGGGUACAGAAGUGAAAGCCAUUACAUACUCAGCAAUGCAAAUCUACGACAAUGAAAAACCUGAGAUAUUUGCAAUUGUUGAUAUCUGAUACCUGAAAAAUUUUCAUCACGUGUUGGUUCGUUGGGACUGCAAUACUUUUUAGCCAUAUUAAAUGGCAUUAUCUUUACGUAAGAAAUGACAGAUCUGAAUUGUAACUUAAUGUUUGCUUCUAAAUUCUGUGGCAGAUUAAUUAUUUAUCAUGAAUGCUUCAACAAAAACAAAAAAAAUAACUAAAUCAUGAUCUGAUCUUUUUGAAACAUAUUACUAUUCAAAGGGAACUGCACAAGUUUGGAAUUUUCACAAUCAUAAUGAGUGACAAGAACACACGUUUGUUUUCUUUUUUUAGGAUUCUAAAGAUGAGAAAAAUGCGGCUAAUGAGAGUCACUGUUGAAGCCUUCAAAGCCCUCUAAAAAAACCUUCAAAACCCUCCAUUAAUGUUUUAUAUACACACUGCAAGUCUAUGUAUACUGUAGUAACAAACACGUUCAUAACAAUAUGUGUAAUAUGUACAAUAUUUACUGUAUUUUUGUCAUUUUAAUCAUUGCUGGAACUUCUUUCCUCAGCGCACUUAUUUCUGUUUCCAUAGUAGCUCACUUCUGACUUCUGGCUACAAAUGUCUGUGUUGUCAUCAUGGUAAUAGAAGAGAAAGAUUGCUAUUUUUGACAAAUGAGGAUUCACAACCUUAUCUAUCUGAGGCUGACUAUACAGAGGAUGAAUUGCUGCUGAUAGAAGCAAACACGAAGGAAGGGUGAAACUGAGCAGACAGAAGCCGAGAGAGUAUGGUCGGCGUGACUAGUUCACGGUGUUGAUUUGGAACUUGGAGCCAAGCUAUGCUGACAUAAGUAGAGUUCUUACCUCGAAAUAAACCAGGAAAAACGUCCCUGGGCAGCUAGACCAAACAAACAACUGUCCGUCAAGUGAGUCAUUAUAAUGAUCAUCAAGCUUGUUAUUACAACUACAGUACACAUGCUGUCGAUCUAGCUGUGUACAAACAAAACAGGAAAUGUGGGCUAAUACUUUAUAGAUCAUGCAAUAUGAUGUUUCAUGUGUUUCAGUCAGUACAGAUCGGUGUAAUAUGUCAUUGUGUUCUGCAUUACAAACUCAAAAGGUAUUCAGCUACUGUGUAAAAGAUAGCUUACCUCUAGCCGCAGCUAGCUUGCAUGCUGUCCAAGCGAUGUGUUACUAUCCUACAAUAACAAUCUCCCUACAGCUUGGUUAUACAGGUUGCGAAACGUAAAUUAAGUAUUUUUGGUGGUUUCUUGAUGCAUUUUUAAAGUGAUUAAGAAGUAGAUAUGAUGGCUCCAAUUAGCUGCAUUGUUAGCCACCUUGAACGAGCCGAUUACUACCAUUUAGAAUACAAAAACUCUUGUCAUAAUGAUUGUGACGGAUCGGCAAAAUUAAAAAAAAAAAAAAGUGCAGUUCCCUUUCAGGGAUGUGAAUUACACUAGUAAUCAAAAAAUUGUGGACUGUCUUAGGUUAACCAACUUCGAACUGUUUAUUUUUUUUGUACCUCAAUUGUUUUUAAUAAUCUUUAAUAACCUUUAAGAUAUGGAAAUAUAUUGUUUUUGUGGUUUACACUGCUGAAAAAAUAAAUAUACAUAUCUACAAAUCUGUUCUUGAUUUUUAGAGGGAGUAGUCAUAUGUGAUUUUUUGUUUCAACAUAGGUUUUUGAGAAGUACUGAAUUGAAUUGUGACAUUAACAUGCCAUAUUAGUUAAGCAUUAAAUACAUCAAUGUAUUCUAAAGGCACAUUAAACCCCAACCAAAGUGGUCAUCAUGGUACUUUGGCAAUUAAGUAGUCCAGUAACUGUAAAUAGGCUACACAAACCCUUACAUUCUUAAAGAUACACUGGCUGUUGCUGCAUGCUUUAAAAAUUGUUGUCUUUUGCGUCUAAUUUUCCACAUAUUUAUCAUAACUAUAGUUAUCUAACAAGAGUAAUCAUCACAUUAAUCUACAAUGUAAAAUGUGGUUGUAGUUGUAGACGAAAUAAUCCCCUACAAUAUUUUAAAUGUUUCAAUAUUUCCAAGUAGCUGUAUCACUCAAAUGGAUACAUUUAUUUGCCAUAGGAUGCAAUUAGAUUACUCAAAAAUGUUCAUAGCUACAACAUUAAAAACCUGUUUGCUAGUUUCUAAAUACAUUUUUCAACAUAAAAGCCCUAUAGAUAUGAAACAACUUUUAAAUCACCUUUACACUCUCAUUCCAAUACAGUAACACUGUCUGAGGUUGAGCCAAUCAUGAGUCAUACCGAACAGCGUGAUCUGAUUGGUUUGGUUAUCUUGUGGCCAAUACUACUGUAGUAUUGAUUUUCUUUUUCAUUUAGCGGUUUCUUAUGGUUUAAAAAAAUACAUUUAGGGAAAAUAUGUCGUAGAAUAUGCUUUAAAAAAGCAAAAAUAUUUGCAAUGUGGUGAAACUGCAAUAUUUGAUGUGACGUGACGACUGUAUGGCGAAAAAUAUUUGUUUUAUGGGAUGCAAUAUGUGUGCUAAAUGUCUGUAUAUAGUGUCUUACUUAUUUGUUUUGUCUUUUCUACUUUUAUUGUACUACUCCUUUUUACUUUCUGUCCUGGCUAUACUGUAGACCAGAGGCAUCAAACUGGUUUUCUUGGAGGGCCACAUCACAGUUAUUAGUCAAUAAAUCAAUAAAUCAAA